AUGAUGAACUCUAAGACCGCAGCUAUCGUGGCUGCCUGGACCGCCGCCAGGUCGGUCUCAGGCCAGGCCGUCGGCACGGAGACAGCCGAGACGCACCCCAAGAUGACCUGGCAGAAGUGCACGGCCCCUGGCAGCUGUGAGACUGUCAACGGCGAGGUCACCAUUGACGCCAACUGGCGCUGGCUGCACAAAGUCGGUGACUAUACCAACUGCUACACGGGCAACGAGUGGGACAGCUCCAUUUGCCCUGACUCAGCCACCUGCUCGAAGAACUGUGCCGUUGAUGGAGCCGAGUACAAGAGCACUUACGGCGCCUCGACCAGCGGCAAUGCGUUGACGCUUCAGUUCGUCACCAAGGGAGAGUACUCAACCAAUAUCGGAUCUCGUCUGUAUCUCAUGAAUGGCGAGGACAAGUACCAGAUGUUCAAGCUGCUCGGCAAUGAAUUCACUUUCGACGUCGAUGUUUCGAAGCUUGGGUGCGGUCUCAAUGGUGCCCUGUACUUCGUCUCCAUGGAUGAGGACGGUGGCAUGUCCAAGUAUGAAGGAAACAAGGCUGGUGCCAAGUACGGCACUGGUUACUGUGAUGCUCAGUGCCCUCGUGACUUGAAGUUCAUUGACGGCAAGGCCAACUCCGACCAAUGGGACCCCUCCUCAAACGACGAGAACGCCGGUGUUGGUCAGAUGGGUUCUUGCUGCUCUGAGAUGGAUAUUUGGGAGGCAAACGGCAUCGCAACGGCUUUCACCCCCCAUCCUUGUACCACCGUGGGCCAGCACUCUUGCUCUGGCGAUGACUGCGGCGGCACUUACUCUGAGACUCGAUAUGCCGGUACCUGCGACCCCGAUGGAUGCGACUUCAACUCGUACCGCCAGGGAGUCAAGGACUUCUACGGCCCCGGCAUGACCGUGGACACGACCAAGAAGUUCACUGUCGUAACUCAAUUCAUCACUGGCGACGGCGGAGGCCUCUCCUCUAUCAAGCGCUUCUACGUCCAGGACGGCAAAGUUAUUCCCAACUCGGAGAGCACCAUCGAGGGAACCAGCGGUAACGAAAUCAACGAAGAAUUCUGCUCUACCCAGAAGACCGCCUUCGGCGACACUGACAACUUUGCCGACAGGGGUGGUCUCGCUCAGAUGGCUAAGGCUCUGGAAGGUGACAUGGUGCUUGUCAUGUCUCUCUGGGACGACCACUACUCCAACAUGCUCUGGCUCGACUCCAGCUAUCCUCCUGAGAAGGCCGGUCAACCCGGUGGCGAUCGCGGUACCUGCGGUCAGGACUCGGGUGUGCCCGCCGACGUCGAGUCGAAGCAGGCCUCAGACAGCGUCACCUACAGCAACAUCCGCUUCGGCCCUAUCAACUCGACCUUCGAGGCAGCUUAGACGCUCUCAAUUCAGGGUCUCUCCCUCCCACUCUCCCGAUAUACUUAUCCGACUGUUCGAUCUACUCUCUUUAAACCUAGCCUAGACAUCGCCAAGGAAGAAAUAACAGUAAAAGAGCCAGGACAAGGGAGGUGAGCAUAUCACCAAAACAGGAAAAUAGAGAGAUGCCGGGUGGGUUCUGUUUGAAGGAAAUGGGUAGACCAGGUAGACAGAUUUCGGCCUUAGUUAGAAAAUAAAUGCCACACACUCAUCUACUUUACUCCCUUAGGACUUCAAUGCCCCUAUUCACAUCAGUUCUACUACAUGAGACUAACCAACCACGGAUAUAAGAGUAACUAGGGCUGGGCUGGCCUCAAGAAACGGCGAUGUGGAGAAGCCACACUAAUAAUGUGAUGCAAAACAUCACCGUUAGAACUGCCGGUUUUUUUCUAGCUUACUUUGUCUAUAUAAUAAAAGGCCAGUGUUGAUUAUAUCAGGGUCUGGUGUAUAAUAUUGUCUACUAAUUUGUUUUUAUCUCGUUCUUUUGACUCCUCGUUUUCCUGGCAAGAUAUUUCCGGGGCUUGUAUGACAAUAAGAUGG